UCUAGAUUUAUUGCGAUGCGUUUUUGCUUUUUAAAUAUUAUUUACAUUGACCGGUAUUUACCUUAUCUUGUUGACUGUUUUCAGCAAAGCCUGUGGAUGCUAAUGGACAGUGGGUAGACCUUCUAUUCUGAUGGUGAAGUGAAUACAGUGACUGCUCAGCGUAUGUUGACGAAACAUAUUAUAGCUACAUCGUUAAAGACACACUACAGUGUAAUGGUACUGGCAUGAUUGCUCUCGAAAAACUGUGAAGUCCUUAAUAAUGCUUUGAUGGUUAUAUAUGAAAAACAGUAAUCAAUUUUGUAGAACAGAACAUUGAAAGUAGUUUGAUAAAUGCUGUGAAAUAUGGCGAAGAACGUAACAAGUAAUAUAGUCAGUGAGGAAGAGGAUGGGCAAUUUGGACUGAGAACUGUAGUCCCAUUAGGAAUCACCAUUGCUAUUGUCAUUAUUGUAGCAAUUGUGGGCAAUGUGUUUACCAUUGCAGCUUUCAUCAAAGACAGCAAGCUUCGCACAGCUUACAACAUUUAUAUCGUGAACUUAGCCGUGACAGAUCUACUACUGGGCUGCGUUAGUAUGCCUUUCUAUGCCGUAUAUACUCUAAAGACCCACACUUGGCCCUUCGGCUACCACUUCUGUAAAGCGUACAUGGUGAUCGACUUCACGCUAUGCCUUGAAGCUGUCAUCAUCAUGAUCAUCCUCAGCUUCGACCGACUCCUACUGCUUAAUCUAGGUCCACAAUAUAUCUACAAGGAAAACAAUACUGUCGCGUAUAUCAAAAUCACAAUAUCGUGGGUCAUAUCGUUCCUGUUGUACAGUCCCGCGAUCAUUGGUUGGGACAUUUGGACAGGAGAAAACACAAAUGAACCUGGAGAUUGUGAUGUGCAAUUUGCACAUAAUUUCGAUUUCACAAUGGCGACUGCUGUCAUUGAGUUUGGUAUUCCUUUCAUAUGUAUAAGUGCAUUGAACUUGAUUAUAUAUUUGAAGAUACGUAAACGUAUACGAAUAAAGGCGGAUUCAACCGCUUUACCUAAAUACCAGCCUUCCAGUAUUCCGGUAACCAGUACUAGUGUUAAUUAUCCAGUGAAUGAAGCCACACCAACGACAAAAAGCAAUCAGCAAUGUAAACUUGUUGACGGACCAGGAAAGCAGAAGGCUGAAGAUUCAGGUGGCCCAAAAAACAAGGAUGUCCAAAAGAUACGUUCUGUCCGGAACCAUACCAAGGCAGCAAAAAGUCUGGGACUAUUGGUGAUCGUAUUUGCCGUCACAUGGGCUCCUUACACUAUAACUACUAUCAUUAUAUCAGCAUGUGAGGCAUGCGUUAAUGAAAACUUGUACGAGUUCCUCAACUGGUUGCUUUGGACCAAAGCAGCAUUUAACCCAUUCCUGUACGCAUACAACAAUCAAAGGUUCAAGGAACAUUUUAUGUCCUUUCUCCUGUGUUCAAAGAAACGAAAUCGUAUUCACAUUGAACAGACUAUAUCUACUAGAACCUGAACGACAAUGCUGAUACUAGUGUUGAAGCCAACUACUAGAAUGGAUAUUAUAGAACUGGUGUUCAUUUCACAAAACAUCAUCAGUAAACAAUAAAACAAUGUAUCAGCAAACGAAUGGUGAGGAAACUGUAACUUUUCACAAAGAUGUAUUUUCUUUUAAGGCAUUGUUCGUGCUUGUGUGUUGUUUUUGGAAUACUAAUUACCAUGUACCUUGUAUAUAUACACAAUAAUAUGUUUUAUCAUCGCGUUUUAUCACUCUUGGCGGCCUGUUAAAAGCUGUUUUCCCUGUGUAAUAUUUGCGUGCUCUUUACCUUGUAUCAAUAUGGAAAGUUAGUUACAGACGCUUUCAACCGAAUAUGAACAUGGCAGGUAUCAUCCAUGAAAUUAAAGAUAUUGCUUGACUUUCUUUCGUUUCAUUAAUUUAUACAAUGUACUGUGUUUUCAUGUUAUCGAUUUUAAGCUAGAAAUAUUGCUUCGUUUACAUUUAGGUAGGCCUAACGUGUUGUUUUCUGUGAUCUUUCAUGGUGCUGAUGUGUUAUUUUUGAUGUAUUGUUUCAAGUUUACAUUUGUAGGUUUCUCCAAUGCUCCAAGGGACAACAGGAUUAUAAAACAUACAUAGCAUAGAGUUUUUCAGAAAACAACGAAAUUGAAAUGUAAAAGAUAGGACAUUUUUUUCAGCAAUACAGUUGUCGAUUAUACGUUUGUCAGAAAUAUACUUGUCGGUUAUACGUUUGUCGGUAUAUGCUUGUCGGUUAUACGUUUGUCGGUUUAUGCUUGUCGGUUAUACGUUUGUCGGUACAUGUAAUACGUUUGUCGCUUACAUGUCUAUCGGUUAUUUGUAUAUUGGUUGUAUUUCAUCGGUUGUUUUUAUAUCGGUUUUAAUGUAUAUCGGUUAUACGAAUAUCGGUGACAUUUAAUCGGUUAUUUGUUCAUUUGUUUUGUGUGCCAGUAAUAUGCUUAUUGCAUACAUGAUUGUCGGUGAUAUUUGUGCCGGUUGACAUUAUGCAUACCGGUAAUAUGCUUGUCGGUUAUACUGCAUAUUUGUCGGUAAUUUGAUUGUUGAUUACAUGAUUAACGGUUAAAGCUUGGCGGUUAUAUGUUAAUUGAUAAAUGAUACAUGUCGGUUAUAUGCUUGUCUGUUUUAAAUCCAUUGCCAAUUACAUAUUUGUCGGUUACAUGUUUGUCGUUAAUAUGUCUGUCGUUAAUAGGUUUGUUGUUAAUAUGCUUGCCAGUUAUAUGUAUAUCGGUUAUAUGUUUGCAAAAAAUAUGUUUGUCGUUGAUAUGCCUAUCGCUAAUAUGUACAAUGUUUUGUAUUUCGGUUAUAUGUAUUUCGGUUAUAUGUAUUUCGGUUAUAUGUAUUUAGGUUAUAUAUUUAACGCUGAUAUGCUUGUCGAUUAAAUGCAUGUUAUAGUCUUGCAGGUUAUUUUUUUUUCCGGUUGUAUUUAUAUCUGUAUGCAGGUUAAAAGUUUGUCGAUAAUAUGCUUGUACAUGUAGGCUUAAAGCUUCUUGGUAAUAUGCUUGUUAGUUAUAUUUUUGCUGGUAAAAUGCAAUAUGUCAUAUGUUUUUCAAGUAUACGUUUGUCGGUUAUAUAUGUUUGUCGGUUAUACGUUUGUCGGUUAUAUGUUUGUCGGUUAUACGUUUGUCGGUUAUACGUUUUUCGGUUAUAUGUUUCUCGAGUAUAUGUUUAUCGGUUAUAUGUUUGUCGGUUAUACGUUUGUUGCUUAUACGUGUGUCGGUUAUACGUAUGUCAGUAAUACAUUUGUCGGUUAUAUGUGUGACGUUUAUAUGUUUGUCGCUUAUAUGUUUAUCGGUUAUACGUUUGUCAAUUAUACGAUUGUCGGUUAUAUUUUUAACGGUUAUACGUUUGUCGGUUAUACGCUUGUCUGUAAUAUUGUUUGUUGGUUAUGCCUGUGUCGGUUAUACGUUUGGCGGUUGUAUUAUCAUGAGUUGUACAGUUCAUACUGAUGUGUUAAGCGUCGUCAAUAAUGCUCUGUCGGUUACAAGUUUGUAACACAUUUGUUAGUAACAUGUUCGUACUUGGAAGAUUAACGUUUGAUGAUGACAUGGUUGUAUGUUACAUAAUUUGUAAGUAACGUGUUUGUCUGGUCGGUACAGAAGUUUCGGUUACACAUUUGUUUGUUACAUGCUUGCAAAUGUGAGUUUAAUGUUUGUAGGUAACAUAUUUGUAAGUGACUUGUUUGCACAUGUACAUGUUUAAUAAUAAACAUUGAAGUUUGUUGUAUCGAUUUUGAGUCUGUAGUAAACAUUAUAAGUAUCAAUGAUAAAACUCGGGAACAUUUUGUAGUGUUAAUCAAAACUGCACCGAUGGAAUACACCGACUUCGUGUUAUUUUCUUUUACUUUUGUUUGGUUUUGUUUUUGUUUUUGUUUGGGCUUUUUUCAAUCAGUUUUAUUUCUCCAUCAUUAAAACCAAAUGUACCAUUGUAUAUAAAUUGACCUCAGGCAGGAGGUUUCCCAUUCAACAUGUAUAUAAAUACAUCGCUCCAUACGUAUAUAGUUAUUAAUUACAUACAUUAUUUUAUGUUGUGCUGCCCUAAAUUCAUUAUAAAAGGUGUAAUAAUCCAGCAAAGGAUGACAUACAAAGGCUAUCUUACUACUGAAACAAAACAUAUAGGGAUUGAAUGGAAUUGUUUUUAUUUCAUUGUGGCUGUGAAUAACAGUAACUAAUUACAUAUCUUCAAAGAGGUGCUCAAAAUCAAUUAAAUUUAUGUUUACAUUAGAAUGAUUUGGAAUAUAUAGAUAAAGAACAGAGUCAUCUUUAAUUUCUUAACUUUUGAUAGCUAUACACCAAAGGAUGCCUAAUAAAGUUGUUGUUUUUUCUA